ACAUGUCCUCUAACAUUGCUUUAUUAGGAGCUGAAAAGUAUGCGCUUGCCAUAUUCACUUGAACUUUGCUUAUCGGACGCAUUCAAGUCUCUGCUAUUGCAAAACCGGAUCUGAGCUGAACUGUAUUUGUACUCGAGGAACAGAGAUGAACAGUGAAGAAAGCCAUGAAUUCCAGAUUUCUGAUAAUUUCUCCUUUCUACAUGAGCAAGAUGGGGAUAACAUAAAAAUCUGCAAUGAAGAAUUCGGGACCCUUCUUUUAACUGUAAAUGAUUUGGAGUCAUGGAAUGAAUUCGGUUUUUUUAAAGCAGUCAUUGUGAACACCUUUAGAGAAUUUCUAGCAGUUUUCCCUGAGAAUGAUCAGGCAGAAUUUAUUGAAGAACAUCAAAUAGAACGAAUAAGUUUUCUUAUGAAAAUAUAUAGAAGCACAAGUUCAGAUGAUGGGAUUUCUGUGGCAUUUACCAUCAUAAUUAAUGGAGAAAUUUACAGCAUGUUCUGUACAGACCAAAUGCAGAUCGCCUUCAAGAAAGGAGACUGUCCCGCUAGAAUUGAUGGAAACACGAGCAACAUGAUUUUCUUUAAGAAAAUUUUCAAUAAAAGUGAUCCAGAUGUCUUUUCAUUUGAGUCAUCGCUACAGAAAGGCUACUACCUUGCUUUCAUUGAAGAAAAUGGCAGACGCAAACUGGGACUGAAGAAAGGCCAGGAUGAUGUUGAUAACACACAAGCUUUUGACGUACAUCUGGAAACUGACUCUUGAUUUUUUGGUUGUGUUGAGUCCUGAUUUACCUGAUAGCCCAUCUUAGGACCUAAAUGACCUUUCACCUGUUUUAUUUCUUUCCUUUUGAUAUAUCACAUGCAAUGCAUAUAUUUUCAUAUAACAGUAAUGAUUUUAUAAGAUGCAGCUUUUGGCAGAAUGUAACAGCUAAAAUGUGGAACCUAAUAACUCAUGCCAGCAGGAAAGAAAAUAAAAUUCAGACAGUUAUAAAUAAAUUUGGUAAACAGUUGUUAAGAAACAGAAGUGGCUUAGAAAUUAAGUCUGGCCAGGUACAAACUUUUUUGCCCAGGUAUCCCUAGCAUUAUGGCGUAAAAAUGUUUUAACCGAUAAUCUGUAAAACAAUGCUUUGGAUAUGAUAAGUGAUAAAUAUAUGUGUAACGGUCAGCUGGGACAGAGUUCUCUCCGAGCUACUGAAUGCUUCUGUAUUCUGUGCUUGAAUAAACUUCCGUCUCUGACUGAAA